AUGCAAGGUGUGAAAGUUCCUAUUGAGCCUGAAGAGCCCAAUGAUAAAGGUGAGACCACCUUUGAACUGCUGCCCGCUCUCAAUGGACAUGUGAAUGAGGAAACCAGCCCUAAUCAGAGAGAGACUGUCGCUGAUCCUGCUGUGAGUCAUCCUGCUGCCAGUGAUCCUGCUGCCAAUCAUCCUGCUGCCAGUGAUCCUGCUGCCAGUGAUCCUGCUGUGAGUCAUCCUGCUGCCAGUGAUCCUGCUGCCAGUGAUCCUGCUGCCAGUGAUCCUGCUGCCAAUCAUCCUGCUGCCAGUGAUCCUGCUGCCAGUGAUCCUGCUGCCAAUCAUCCUGCUGCCAGUGAUCCUGCUGCCAAUGAUCCUGCUGUGAGUCAUCCUGCUGCCAGUGAUCCUGCUGCCAGUGAUCCUGCUGCCAGUGAUCCUGCUGCCAAUCAUCCUGCUGCCAGUGAUCCUGCUGCCAGUGAUCCUGCUGCCAGUGAUCCUGCUGCCAAUCAUCCUGCUGCCAGUGAUCCUGCUGACAGUGAUCCUGCUGCCAGUGAUCCUGCUGCCAAUCAUCCUGCUGCCAGUGAUCCUGCUGCCAGUGAUCCUGCUGCCAGUGAUCCUGCUGCCAGUGAUCCUGCUGCCAAUCAUCCUGCUGCCAGUGAUCCUGCUGACAGUGAUGCUGCUGCCAGUGAUCCUGCUGCCAAUCAUCCUGCUGCCAGUGAUCCUGCUGCCAGUGAUCCUGCUGUGAGUCAUCCUGCUGCCAGUGAUCCUGCUGCCAGUGAUCCUGCUGCCAAUCAUCCUGCUGCCAGUGAUCCUGCUGACAGUGAUCCUGCUGCCAGUGAUCCUGCUGCCAAUCCUCCUGCUGCCAGUGAUCCUGCUGCCAAUCAUCCUGCUGCCAGUGAUCCUGCUGACAGUGAUCCUGCUGCCAGUGAUCCUGCUGCCAAUCCUCCUGCUGCCAGUGAUCCUGCUGCCAGUGAUCCUGCUGCCAGUGAUCCUGCUGCCAGUGAUCCUGCUGUGAGUCAUCCUGCUGCCAGUGAUCCUGCUGCCAGUGAUCCUGCUGCCAGUGAUCCUGCUGCCAGUGAUCCUGCUGCCAAUCAUCCUGCUGCCAGUGAUCCUGCUGACAGUGAUCCUGCUGCCAGUGAUCCUGCUGCCAAUCAUCCUGCUGCCAGUGAUCCUGCUGCCAAUCAUCCUGCUGCCAGUGAUCCUGCUGCCAGUGAUCCUGCUGCCAAUCAUCCUGCUGCCAGUGAUCCUGCUGACAGUGAUCCUGCUGCUAGUGAUCCUGCUGCAAGUGAUCCUGCUGCAAGUGAUCCUGGUGCCAGUCAUUCUGCUGCCAGUGAUCCUGCUGAAAAUCAUCCUGCUGUCAAUCAUCAUGCAGAUUUAUCAAACUAG